AUGGCGCUAGCGAACGUGAACGAUAACCGUCGGUUAUACGCGCAGGAUCCGUACCCGAUACAUGAUAGCAGGAAAGCAGCCCAUGCCGACUUGACGAGGAGCGUCGAGGCCGAUUACCGGGUUGCGGAGGACCAGAGACGACGAGCUGGAGUGCAAACCAGACAAGCGAAGCAUGAGAAAUGGGAAGCGGAGAGGCAGAAACGUGAAGCGGAGGAGGAUGUCAGGCGAGCCAUCGAGGAACGCGAGAGAGCCGUCGCUGCGGUAGGGGCGGCUAGGCAGGAGCAGGAACAGGCUCUGCAGGCCUUGCAAGGCGCUAACGCUGUUGCGUCUCGUACUCUCAUCGAGCAGGAGGAAGCGGAGAACAAUCUCCGCCAAGGCAUCCGUCCCGUUAUCGUACCGACGGCGGACGAGUCCCAAGCGGCCAGGGAGCGUCUCGGAUACGAAGAAGGCAAGUUCCAUGUCGCCAUUGCGGGAAUCGCGGGUAGCGGAAAGACUUCGCUGGUCAAUGCUUUCCGCGGGCUUCGCAACAGCGAUAGAGACGCAGCACCUACCGGUGUCGUCGAGACGACCAGCACCAUCCAGCGGUGCCCGGACCCCAUGCCUAAACGUCCCAUUGUCUGGUACGACGUACCGGGUGCGGGCACGCUCUCCGUGCCGGACUGGCAGUACUUCACAGACCAGGGUCUGUACGCUCUCGACUGCAUCAUCGUCCUGUUCGACGUCCGUCUCACCUCCACCGACAUCGACAUCCUACGCGACUGCGCUCGCUUCGGAAUCCCUGCCUACAUUGUACGCUCCAAAGCUCUCCAGCACAUCCGGAACCUUGCCAAUGACAUGCCCGAUACCGACACGGACGAAGACGAGGACGAUGGCGGCGCGGGUGCACGGGGACGGGCGCGCGAGUAUUAUAUCCAGGAGACCCGAGCGAGUGUUGCUCAGAACCUGGACGCCGCAGACUUACCCGAACAACGUAUCUAUCUCGUCGACAAGGAUAGUCUCGCGAAGGUAGUGAAGGGGAGACUAGCCAAUGACGAGAUCGACGAGACGAAGCUGGUUGACGACAUCUUCGUUGAGGCGCAUCGCAGGCUGGGUGCGAAAGCGGCGACGGCUGCGCGCGAGGGGAAGGAGGAGGCGGAGAGACAGUUGCGAGAAGGGAUACGGCCGAUCAUCGUCCCGACACAGGCGCAGUACGAGGCGGCCAAGCGGAGAUUGGGCUAUCAGUCCGGCUACUUUCAUUUCGGAGUCGCUGGCAUCUCUGGCAGCGGCAAGUCGUCGCUCAUCAACGCUCUGCGCGGCAUGCGCAACAAGGACAAGGGCGCUGCACCCGUCGCCGUCGUGGAGUGUACAACGGAGGUCACCCGCUACGCUGAUCCUAGCAGCGACAUGCCCUACGUUUGGUACGACGUACCUGGCGCUGGCACGCUGAAGAUCCCCGACUGGCAGUACUUCACCGAGCAAGGGCUGUAUAUCCUCAACUGCAUCAUGGUCAUCUUCGACAAUCGCUUCACAGCGACAGACAUCGCCAUCCUGCGCAACUGCGCCCGCUUCCAGAUCCCCUCUUUCAUCGUCCGCUCGAAGUCCGCGCAGCACAUCCGGAACCUCGCGAACGACAUGAGCGGCGGUGACGACGAUGGAGAUGAUGAUGCGGACGGUGGCGAUCUGGCGAGGGCGCGCGACCGGUACAUCCAGGACACUCGCGCGAGCGUGGCGGGAAACUUGGCCGAGGCCGGCUUGCUCUCGCAGCGCGUCUACGUGAUCGACAAGGACGUCUUGGUCAAGGUGGUCAAGGGCAGGCCGUCGCGCGACUGCAUUGAUGAGGAGGAGCUGCUCAGAGACAUGUUUGCAUUGGCGGACGAGCGUGACGGGGGAUCGCAGGCGGUCGACGCGUAG